GUGGUGUUUUGUUUAUUUAAUUAAAAAAAAUCACAUUACUUUUCUAACCCAGUUUAGGAAUAAUAUAUGAAACUGAGUAUGAAAUGAACAUCUUAUUGGAGUUGAAAGUCUUGGGCUUGUUUAGUUUUAAUUUUUAUCCCUUUUGCUCAGGCAAGUAAAUAACUUCAAUACACAGAAAUAUUUCAAGUUUUGAAAUGUUAAGAAAGGCUUUGAAAUGUUGCUUUUUGAGAUCACUUUGGAUUAAAAUGCUUCUUGUGGUUGUUCACUGCUAUUUAGAUUCCUUUUGCUUUUGGGGUGGAGGGGGGAGAGAAAUAGUAAACUGUCUGGAAUCCAGCAUUCAAACUUAUAUGAGAAGAUUAUUCUGGUUAAGAAGCUAGAUUGUUGUGUAAUUAAUUCCACUGUGAAACUUUAUUCUUCAAAACAUUCAGCAGCACUCCUGAAACAUACAGCUGUAGUGCUUUUGAAACCGAAGGUUUUUUAAAAUGGGGGAAAAAAAAAACUUUUGUCCCCAGGAGAAUAGUUUGACUGGUUUCCUCAUUUCUCUUUCAAAUAUAUAUUUAAGAGAGCUUUUAUUUCAGCAUAACAAUAAUUAUUUGCAGGAGUUUUUGUGUUAGCGACUAAUUUAGAACUUGUAGAUUUGAGCUGCCUGAAUUGGCCAGACAGCUGUAAUCGCACUCCUCUGUUCUUAAUCUCUUUAUCUGGGCAGCAGCUGCCAUAUGGCCACAGUCAGCUGGAUCAGAUGUUUAUAAGCUUCCUUCUCUGUCCCUCUCUGUCCUCUCAGCCUCCUAAUUUGAUCACGGCUACCUUGUGAGCUGCCCUCCAAUCUUUAUUUUUAGCCCUCUCAAGGAUUAGGAUUGAUGUUAGCUGUGGGGCACUUAAAGUGAUUGUAUUGUAAAUCUUGGUUUAUUCUAGCGGUGGCAUCGUGCGGAAGGUAUUUGGGGGCUAGGAUGAAAGUUUUAGUCCAUCUUGGGCAAAGUGGGGAAAAAGCAGGGAGGUAAUUUCUGGAAUAUUAAGUUGCUAUGUAUCCGUUCCCCAGUGCACUCUCUGAGCUGCUUGGUGUGGAACCUUGCUUCUGGUCACAGGAAAGGGGAAGUCGGGUUUUCUUGAUUUUUUUUUUUUUUUUAAGGAGUUGAGUUUUGCAGUUGAAUUUUGACCCUUUGUACAUCUUCGCCUUUCCUCUCGGUCAGUCUCACCCUCCUUCACCAGAAAACAAGGGCAGCGAUGCAUAUUUGAAAGAAUAGAAGCUAGUGGGAAAACAAAAUAUAUCAAGUUUUACUGAAACAAAGUAUUUUCUGUUGCAUGAGGUAAGGCAGAGUCAGAAAAAAAAAUAGUUUCUCUUUUUCUAGUAAGGCUUUUGGGGCGGGGGGCGGAUGUUGAACCUGUAAAGCUUUUGAAUACGAUACGCCUUCGUUUAAAAGUUUGAAAUAAUUUUGGUAUGGAAUUCAUUUGCUUUUCAACGGAUCAAAGUUUAGAUGAGAAUUUUCAGAGUUAAGUGAAGCCCUUCUGGUUCCUGAUAUUCUGGAUGUACAGAUUUUACAAAGAAAUAUUACUAUUUUUUUUCUCAAUUCAUUUAAAAAAUAUUUGGAUUUGUUCAUAGUAAAGAUGAUCUUUUCCAUCUGUUGGUGUAGUUCUUUCUGAUCUCGUACAUGUGUGCCAUACCUGCAAAUCCUAAGGCAUUAACAUCUGUUUUUAUACACAGGGCUUUUGUUGUUGUAACACUCUGACUUUAAAAGUUAUGAAGACAGUAUGGAGUUUCCAGACCACAGUAGGCAUCUGCUGCAGUGUCUGAGCGAGCAGAGGCAUCAGGGCUUCCUUUGUGACUGCACUGUGCUGGUGGGAGAUGCCCAGUUCCGCGCGCACCGAGCUGUACUGGCUUCGUGCAGCAUGUAUUUCCACCUCUUUUACAAGGACCAGCUGGACAAAAGAGACAUUGUUCAUCUGAACAGCGACAUUGUUACAGCCCCAGCUUUCGCUCUCCUGCUUGAAUUCAUGUAUGAAGGGAAACUCCAGUUCAAAGACUUGCCCAUUGAGGACGUGCUAGCAGCUGCCAGUUAUCUCCACAUGUAUGACAUUGUCAAAGUCUGCAAAAAGAAGCUGAAAGAGAAAGCCACCACAGAGGCAGACAGCACCAAGAAGGAGGAAGACGCCUCGAGCUGCUCGGACAAAGUCGAGAGCCUCUCCGACGGCAGCAGCCGCAUGGCAGGCGAUCUGCCCAGUGACGAAGACGAGGGCGAAGACGAGAAACUGAACCUCCUGCCCAGCAAAAGGGACCUGGCGGCCGAGCCUGGGAACAUGUGGAUGCGCCUGCCCUCCGACUCCGCGGGCCUCCCCCCGGCUGGCGGGGAGGCCGAGCCACACGCCACAGCAGCUGGAAAAACAGUAGCCAGCCCCUGCAGCUCGACAGAGUCUUUGUCCCAGAGGUCUGUCACCUCCGUGAGGGAUUCGGCAGAUGUUGACUGUGUGCUGGACCUGUCUGUCAAGUCCAGCCUUUCGGGAGUUGAAAAUCUGAACAGCUCUUAUUUCUCUUCACAGGACGUGCUGAGAAGCAACCUGGUGCAGGUGAAGGUGGAGAAAGAGGCUUCCUGUGAGGAGAGCGAUGUUGGCACUAAUGACUAUGACAUGGAACAUAGCGCUGUGAAAGAGAGUGUGAGCACUAACGCCAGGGUACAGUACGAGCCGGCGCACCUGGCUCCGCUGCGGGAGGACUCGGUAUUGCGGGAGCUCGAGCGCGAGGACAAAGCCAGCGACGACGAGAUGAUGACCCCGGACGCCGAGCGCGGCCCGGUGGAGGGCGGCAUGGAGAGCAGCCUGCUGCCCUAUGUGUCCAACAUCCUGAGCCCGGCCGGCCAGAUCUUCAUGUGCCCGCUGUGCAACAAGGUCUUCCCCAGCCCGCACAUCCUGCAGAUCCACCUGAGCACGCACUUCCGCGAGCAGGACGGGCUGCGCAGCAAGCCGGCCGCCGACGUCAACGUGCCCACCUGCUCGCUGUGCGGCAAGACUUUCUCGUGCAUGUACACGCUCAAGCGUCACGAGAGGACCCACUCGGGCGAGAAGCCCUACACGUGCACGCAGUGCGGCAAGAGCUUCCAGUACUCGCACAACCUGAGCCGCCACGCCGUGGUGCACACGCGCGAGAAGCCGCACGCCUGCAAGUGGUGCGAGCGCAGGUUCACGCAGUCGGGGGACCUGUACAGACACAUCCGCAAGUUCCACUGUGAGUUGGUGAACUCCUUGUCUGUCAAAAGCGAAGCCCUGAGCUUGCCCACUGUCAGAGACUGGACCUUAGAAGAUAGCUCGCAAGAACUCUGGAAAUAAUUUUAUAGAUAUAUAUAUAUAUAAAUAAUAUAUAUAUAUACAUAGAUAUACAUAGAUCUCUAUCUAGUUGUGGUACGGUCUAAAAGCAGCCUUGUUUCCUGGAACUAAACCGUCGGGGUGUUAACUCGGUUUUGCACUUUAGAGUAGCAUGAGACUCUCACUAAUUUAGCAUUCUGGUAAAAGAGACUUUGGAGCAAGUCGGAGACUAGAGAGGGCUUUUUCUUUCGAGGGGGUAGGGGAAGUAAGCCAAUAAGAACCUUUGAAACAACUCGUCCUAUCACAAGAUGCUUUCACAGGGCUUAAUUCUGUCGACACUGCAUUGUCUUCUGAGCGCUCUCUCUCUCUCUCUCUAUCUCUCUCUCUCUCUCUCUCCCACUUUGUUUUGGUUUUGUGUUUCUGUUUUGUUUUUUGUUUUGUUUUUUUGUUUUUGUUUCUUUUCCUUUUUCAGAGUAGAAAUUCCCUCCAGUUUUAUUAGCCUCUUUAUAUGUCACAAAAUUGCAUGAAUCUUUUCUGGCUGUUGGAAACCUGAAUGCUUUUAGACCCAAAUGGAAAAUUUCUGAAAUGCUGGAUUAUCUAUUUUUAAACAAGCAGUUGACUUAAAACUUUCUGUGGCAACUUCUGGUUUUCUGACGGUUCCCAAUGAGAGAAAUUCUGAAAGUACACUGGGAUCACUGGGACGCUGUCUUUGUGAAGGUUUGCUUGGGAUGAAAAAGGAUAUUGCAGCUUCAGCAGUGUUGAACUGUGUGUUGAAAAAUGUGAAUUACUGUUCUUGUAUACUGUAACUGAUUACACGGGCUGGGGGGGGUGUCAAAGAACUUGACAGGUUGUGUUGAUGCUCUUAGUUGAGUCUUGAAAAGUAAAUAUUAACGCUACAGAAAUGCAUGAGUUUCAAUAUAUUUUUUGUCUUUGUUUGCAUUGUAUAACUUUAACGAGUGAGUUUAAAAUUAUUUAAUUUCCUUAGAAAAAAAAUAGCACCGUUUGGGGAAAAAACUGGUGUUAUGAAGAACGUAAAUGCACUGUUUUUAUUUUUAUUUUAUAUAAUUUAAAUUGACUCUCCCACUGUCUUUAAGUUGAAACUGUUAAGCUGAAUAAAAACUUAAGCUGCAAAUUGAUAACUUUGCUACAUAACAAGGAAAAUAUAAAUGUUUACAAACGGCUUAAAGAUUUGCAUGUGUGCAGUGUGCAUUUAUAACAAACUUCUAAUUGCACAAAACCCAUGCAGGCUCAAAAGUUUAGGUGUACACAUUUGCCCAGUUGAGCAUUUUUAGAAUAACUACUGCACAAAUUGACAAUAGGUCAUUCUCUCUCUUCUUUCUUUCUUUCUUUCUUUUUUUUGGGGGGGGGCUCCCCUUCUCUUUUUCUUCCCUUCUCCCUUACCCUCCCCUCGCUCCCUCCCUCCCUCCCCUCCUUCAUCCUUCCCCCACUCCCCCCACCCCCAACUCAUGAAAAGAUUCUAUAGACUGAAAAAGCCCCGGGCUGAAAGGACUGGACUGCCUUGAUUGACGUGGGGAAGGUGGGGAAGGGGGUUAGUAGACUAUGUGUAUGGGGCAGAGGAGGCUGCAGCCCAGUGUGGUUUUAAUGACCAGCACGCAGGGCAAAAGCAUUUUGCACAGUGUUUGUUUUCCUGUCUUGCACUUACAAAUAAGGUCUAUGGGAGUAGCAUGGAAAACGUUUGCUGUUUUUCCCUUUUUUUUUUUAAUUGCUUUUGUUUAAAAUUUGAUCGCCUUAACUACUGUAAACAUAGCCUAUUUUUGUGCUUAAGAUACUGAAUGGAAAACUCCAUUGUGUGUUGCUGGACUGUUUUGGAAAUAUUUGGUCAAAUGUGUGUUAAUUUGGCUGUAAUGGCAUUUAAAGCAAACAAACAAACAAAAAAAAGCUGUGAAAAUGGCCUUGGAGCAUUAUCUUUAGUUACUUGAAGAGUUUCUAGUUUUUUUAAAUACAGUUUAUGUUAAAAUAAUUUUUAUUAAUUUAGAGGAGACAAUCAAUGUCUGAGAAAACGGACUUUCUUUUGGAUUUUCUUUUUGUGGUCAUUGUGAGUGAUUGCUUUUUCCUUUUAUUAGUUUCACAUUCUUCCUUUGUUCUAAAACUUAGACUGACAUCUAGCUUUGACAAUCAUAGUAUGUUUUAUUUUCCUGAGGGGGGAAUAACUUAUAAUGCUGUUUAGUUUUGUACUAUUGGUGUGUUGGUGAAUUUUUAAACUGUGUGCUAACUGCAAUAAAUUAUAUGAACUGAGAA